AUGCAUUCUUUUAAGAAGUUAUUGUUACGGUUCUUGAAUUCAGUAGUUUCUGCUAUUUGUGUCUCCUUCUGCAGAUUAAUAAUCCUAUGUUUUUUAAUGGACACAGAUAACCAGACGUGGGUGAAAGAGUUCAUGCUCCUUGGUCUGUCCAGUGACUGGGACACACAGGUCUCACUCUUUGUCCUCUUCUUGAUCAUGUACUUGGUGACAGUGCUGGGGAACUUCCUCAUUGUUCUUCUGAUCAGACUGGACAGCCGACUCCACACUCCCAUGUACUUCUUUCUCACCAACCUCUCCCUUGUUGAUGUCUCUUAUGCCACAAGUAUUGUUCCUCAGAUGCUGGCGCAUUUUCUUGCAGAACAUAAAGCAAUCCCAUUUGUGAGCUGUGCAGCCCAGUUAUUUUUCUCCUUGGGCUUGGGUGGGAUUGAGUUUGUUCUACUGGCAGUGAUGGCCUAUGACCGCUAUGUGGCUGUGUGCGACCCCCUGCGAUACUCAGUCAUCAUGCAUGGAGGGCUCUGUACUAGGUUGGCCAUCACAUCCUGGGUCAGUGGUUCUCUCAACUCUCUCAUGCAGACCAUCAUCACCUUUCAGCUGCCCAUGUGCGCAAACAAGUAUAUUGAUCACAUAUCCUGUGAAAUCCUAGCUGUGGUCAGACUGGCCUGUGUGGACACCUCCUCCAAUGAGAUCGCGAUCAUGGUUUCUAGCAUUGUCUUGCUGAUGACACCCUUCUGCCUGGUCCUCUUGUCUUACACUCAGAUCAUCUCCACCAUCCUGAAGAUCCAGUCCACAGAGGGAAGAAAGAAAGCCUUCCACACCUGUGCGUCUCACCUCACAGUGGUCGUACUGUGCUAUGGCAUGACCAUUUUCACCUACAUCCAGCCCCACUCCAGCCCUUCUGUCCUUCAGGAGAAGUUGAUUUCUGUCUUCUAUGCCAUUCUGAUGCCCGUGCUGAACCCCAUGAUUUAUAGCAUAAGGAAUAAGGAGGUGAAGGGUGCCUGGCAGAAACUAUUAGGACAGUUAUCUGGAUUAACAUCAAAACUGGCAACUUGA